AUGGAAGACGGAGAGCUGGAAGAAACUACCCAGGUCGCCAAGUUUGCAGGCACGUUAGGAGCUGCGAGAGUCACUAAGGGAGUAAUGUUGAACGAGGUAGUGGUAGAAGCACUUUUAGAUACGGGUGCAACUACGUCUAUCGUGAGUAUGGACCUCGCACGUCAGUCAGGCUUAGAAGAGGCUGGCGCCGGUGCCAUCAGAGAGGGCUUGUUUACCAGGAAACAGGUGGCGUUGUUCAAGGCGUCAUUGGCUACAAAAGACCGCCGGAUGGAGACUGUGCUGUAUUCCGGCGUGGAACUCAAGGACGAUGAGCUGAUAUUGGGCGUACCAGACAUGAUUGCACUGGGUAUCUUCGAUGCAUGGAGAGGCUUUGUUACAAAAACACUCGAGGUGUUGGUUGCGGCCAAGGACAGGCGGCAUUGUGUGGAGUUCGAAGCAGACGGGAAGCCGGUGAAGCAUACGUUGAAGCCGUUAAGACCAGAGUUACGAGAGGAACUAGAUAAGCAGAUAGACGACAUGUUGAGCAUGAGUGUGAUACAACCUACUCAACUUGCUAUACAGAAUAAGGUUGUCGGACAGAACAUGGUUGUCGCAGGUGAAGACAUCGGCGUUGAAGACAUCGGCGGUGAUCACAGCCGAGGCGAAGAUGCGGAUAGUGAAGAUACGGGUGCUGCAAACUAUAGCAGCAACUCCUCAGAGCAAGAUAUAUUGGACUUGGCUCUUGGCAACAUCGACGACAAGGACCUGUUGGCUGCGCUAGAGGGCAUGAACGACAGUGACUUCGACGAUGACGACAACCAAGAAGUCCUCACCAGGCAGUUAGUUGCAAGGAAAAAAGCUUGGUAG